UCGGCGCAGUUCUUUCCCGGGAGGAGCUCUGGUCUGACGGGCCGGGUGCGAGGCCUCUGCAUGCGGACCCCUGUGAGCAAGGGAAACCAGACUGUGCGUCAAGGGAGAAAAAAGAGAGGAUAACUGAUGCUGUGCACUGCAAGAAAGGAGCAGAUGGAGAAAUGAACAAGAUUCUAUGGGCCAAGAUGGCAUUGACGGUUCCUCUGCUCAAACCUCACAAGGCUAAAAUCAAGCUGUUGGCCAGCCAUCAGCCAGUGUCCUUACCUGGAGGCUCGACUAGAGAAAGCCAUUCUAAUUCAUAGAACUGUUAAGAAUACCUACCAUGUUCAUUUGUGACAACCUUAAAAACCAACAAUUGGAACACAAAGAGAAGCAAGAAAACGGACACUUGGCACUCUUGGGAAACAAUACUUCCACUUUCAAAGAAUCUACUGCAUUCAUGCUCUCUGAGAGAAAGGAUCUGAAUCUUUUGAUGACUUGUCCUUCUCAGUGCCUCAAGAAUAAAGGCCCUUACAACCUUGAGUCAUCUGCCUUGCCAGCCUCAUCUGCUGCUCCCCCAGCACCACUGAUGUCCUGUAAAAAGCAUUCUCACAUCUCUGCACCUUUGCUUUUGUGGACUCUUCUUCCUAUACUGUCCUUCUCUCCCUUGUUGAAGCCUGACCUUUUAAGGCCUAGCUCAAAGAUCAGCGUCCCCAGAGAGCUGGCCUCUUCCUUGAUGGGGCACCCAGAUCAUGUUGUUGAUGCUCUUUUGUAACUUUUCCCCACAGCCUCUCAUAGUCAGUGAUCUCCCUCUCCAUGGGGAAGGGCUUAAGCUCACUAACGUCCAGGGCUGUCCAUCUUGUUUGUAAACAAGUCUCUAGCACCUUGCCUUGCAUUGGAAGGUGCAAGCAUGUUUGUAGAAUUGUUCCACAAGCAUCACUGAUUUCCCUUGCUAUAGACUUCUCCCUCUCCUCACCUAACCUUACUUUUUAUCUCUCAGUUGUAUCUCUAACCCUAUAAGGUUUUCAUCUAUUUCAUGAACAUAUUAAGGCAUAAUUUUUGGCCAUAGAGAUCCCCUGUGAAUUGAAAUCUUGUAACUGCCUAAGCUAAGGUUCCUAGUUUCUCAAGAAAAACCAAACCAAAACAACACAAAAACCCAAUUCACUCUGGUAACCUUGUGUAGAUAACUCUGGGUUCUGAGAGGCUGGAAGUUAUUUCUUUAGACUUAAUACUAAAAUGAAAUAUUUAGGUCUAUUUCUACUGUUGUUUAGUAUCCAAGCAAUGAGCAUAGGGCAGUUUUAGUUACUGAAAGUAUCUAAGGCAGGAUCUUUUCUGGCUGACACUUAACAUCCAAAGAAUCAGUAGGCCUCCGCCAGGCUUACAUUGAGAGUUAGGAAGGGAAGCGACCUAUAAAGGUCUUUUUAUUUGGACCCCAGAUUUAGCGCAUGGAGCCCAAAGCCCAUUCUGACAUGGGGUGUCUGUUCUUGACGUAGACCUACAUACUGACCUCUAGCGUCCCACAAACUAGAAGACCUGUUAGAGCUACAGAAACGCUUAAAUUAGGGGGGGUAUAGGUAUGGGAGCUCAACCCCAAAGGGGCAAUUAAAUGAGAAGCCCAGUGUCUGGCGGGAUGAUAGCUGUUAGCGUGAAGAACAACAGAAAAGCAAAACUGGUGUAUCCUUAUGUGUUUGGGGGCGAGGAGAGUACGGGCUGGAAAGAGGGAUGCGAGAAAGACCAGAGGGGUCAGUGCAACUUGCAAUUCCCCAGAGCGUACCAGGGCCAAGGCUCCAUCCUCCCAGCGCAGCCCAAACCGCCCGGGGUGGUCCCGGCCAGCAGAGGGCAGCAGCUGGGCGGGAGAGUCCUGGCGAGGGCCGCGCGGCGUCGACAGGCUCGCGGGGAUACUCAUUUUGAGUGUGGGGCGAGAGACUCGCGCCCAUCACUACUCGUACCCUACCCUGUGGCCACUGCGCGCUUCAGCCCGCGUUUCGGGAAGUGCGUGUGCGCGGGGACUGGGGUCGCUGCGGAGGGCCGGGCGCACAUGCCCGGGGAAGGAGAGCGGAGAGUGUCCCGCGGGUCCCCGGGAGAGAAGGGGAGACGGGUUUCCGCGGGCGCCGGGCGGUAGGGGAUCUCCGCGUCCGCUGCAGCGUCGCUCGCCCCAUCCUCUGCCGGGCCCCCUCAGCGCCCCAGGCUUCUCCCGCCGACACCGCGACCCGCUCUCGGGGCCGCGUCCGCACCGGGCCGCUCGGGUCCCCCGCCAGCCCCCGCUCGGCUUCCGGGACCCGCGCCCCAUAUCCACCAAGGUGCGCUUUCCGCUGACACUGCCCCGGCCGGAGCGAGGCCAGUCCACCCAGCUGAGACCCGCGCGGCCGCGGCGCAGGUUUGCGCUCCCGCCGUCGAGGACUGCGGCGGCCGCGUGGGCGUGGGCCGGUCCCUGCGGCCAGGGGGGACAGGGGUACGGCAGGCGCACUUGACCGUGGGCCCCAAGCGUCCGAGCCGCGCUGCUCCGGCGGCGGGCUUUAUGUAAAUCGGGGCUGAGCCGGGGCGUCCUAGGUAGGAUGGACCAGCCCCCCGCGCCUCGGCCCUCACGUCCAAUAAGAAGAGCCCCAGCUUGACACCUGCCUAUAUACAGGCGAGCGCGCCCCUGGCUCGCGGACCGAGCGCACAUCCCGCACAAACCACGCCGCGGGCGAGCGAGACCUCGGCCCGCCUUCAUGACUUCCAGUAAGAUCGAGAUGCCCGGCGAGGUGAAGGCCGACCCCGCCGCCCUCAUGGCGUCCCUGCACCUCCUGCCGUCGCCCACGCCCAACCUCGAGAUCAAGUACACCAAGAUUUUUAUUAACAACGAGUGGCAGAACUCGGAGAGUGGGAGAGUGUUCCCUGUCUAUAAUCCAGCCACAGGAGAACAGGUGUGUGAAGUUCAAGAAGCAGACAAGGCAGAUAUAGACAAAGCAGUGCAGGCAGCCCGCCUGGCUUUCUCUCUUGGCUCAGUGUGGAGAAGGAUGGAUGCUUCAGAAAGAGGACGUCUGUUGGAUAAGCUUGCAGACUUGGUGGAACGAGACAGGGCAGUCCUUGCAACCAUGGAAUCCCUAAAUGGUGGCAAACCGUUCAUGCAAGCUUUUUACGUCGAUUUGCAAGGAGUCAUCAAAACCCUUCGGUAUUACGCAGGCUGGGCUGAUAAAAUUCACGGGAUGACCAUUCCUGUAGAUGGAGACUAUUUUACCUUUACAAGACACGAACCUGUUGGAGUGUGUGGACAGAUCAUCCCAUGGAACUUCCCCCUGCUGAUGUUUGCCUGGAAAAUUGCUCCAGCUCUGUGCUGUGGCAAUACAGUAGUUAUUAAACCAGCAGAACAAACACCACUCAGCGCGCUCUACAUGGGAGCCCUCAUCAAGGAGGCUGGCUUUCCACCGGGAGUCAUCAAUAUUUUGCCAGGAUACGGGCCAACGGCCGGGGCAGCAAUAGCUUCUCACGUUGGCAUAGACAAGAUUGCGUUCACAGGGUCUACUGAGGUUGGAAAGCUUAUCCAAGAAGCAGCUGGAAGAAGUAAUUUGAAACGAGUAACUCUGGAACUUGGAGGGAAAAGUCCCAAUAUUAUUUUUGCAGAUGCUGAUUUGGACUAUGCCGUGGAGCAGGCUCACCAGGGUGUGUUCUUCAACCAAGGCCAGUGCUGCACUGCAGGAUCUCGCAUCUUUGUGGAGGAGUCCAUCUAUGAAGAGUUUGUGAGAAGAAGCGUGGAGCGGGCUAAGAGGCGCAUAGUGGGCAGCCCCUUUGACCCCACCACCGAGCAGGGACCCCAGAUUGAUAAGAAACAGUACAACAGGAUCCUGGAACUCAUCCAGAGUGGUGUGGCCGAAGGCGCCAAGCUGGAGUGUGGAGGCAAAGGGCUGGGCCGAAAGGGGUUUUUCAUCGAGCCCACGGUGUUUUCCAACGUCACUGACGACAUGCGGAUCGCCAAGGAGGAGAUCUUUGGGCCCGUUCAGGAAAUUUUGAGGUUUAAGACUAUGGAUGAAGUUAUUGAAAGAGCCAAUAACUCAGACUUUGGACUUGUAGCAGCUGUCUUUACUAAUGACAUCAACAAGGCCCUCACGGUGUCUUCUGCAAUGCAAGCUGGGACUGUUUGGAUCAAUUGUUACAAUGCCUUAAAUGCCCAGAGUCCCUUUGGGGGAUUCAAGAUGUCUGGAAAUGGGAGAGAAAUGGGAGAAUUUGGUUUGCGAGAGUACUCCGAAGUUAAGACCGUGACAGUAAAGAUCCCCCAGAAGAACUCUUAAGAUGGCCAAGAAGGAAGGUGAAGGCCAGCCUGCACGACUCUCCCCCUCUGCUUUCCCUGUGGGGCCCAGCUCUCAGGAACCCAAACUUGAUACUCAGUCCUUACUUAAGAUUUAAAUGACAGCAGGUAGGCCAGGCCAUUCGCUGCGUAAAGAAAGCAAACCAGUUGGGCGUGGUUUCUUGGCACCCUGUGAGGGAUCACCUUAACAGUACCAAACAUUGGGGAACAUGGGACAAAGGCACGAGGAGUAGCUGUGGGGCAUACCCAGUAUUUCUUUCUGGGGUGAGGGAGCUGUAUUAUUUGAUGCCUUCUGUCACAAAGGACUUUGCUUGUGAGCAAAGGUAGCCUUUCCAUUGUCUUCAUUUCCCCCUUCCAGGCUCUCCCUGCUCACGCACCCCUCCCGCUCCUCCAAGGAGAUCUCAGCUGAGCUCAUCUGGGGCAGAUGUUUGGGCCGGGAACAAUUUUCCAAGGUUUUGCAGCCAAAUUACCAUUUCAUGUCAUCCAUUUCUUCAAAGCAAAACAUGAAAUGGUUUUAGUUAGAGCCAGACCAGACUGAAAAUGCCAGGAGCUGGUACACUGCAGAUGUCCUAAGGAGAAAGAACUUGGGAUAUUCCUGACCCAGUCUGGCUUUCUUACAUCCACAUAUAACAGGAGUGAAAGAUCAGGAGAUGGAGCUCCAGCGAUCAUCAUGUGUAGUUCACAGCCUCGGAGCUCAUCACCGCAUGGUUUGAGGGGGUAAGAGAGAGGGGGGUGUGUGUGUGUGCACGUUCGCGCGCGCAUCUGUGCAUUUAAUUCCUUCUUGAGUAUUCUGGAAUAAGUCGGGGUGGGUUGUUUUUCAUGGAUUGAUCUUUUCCAAAGCUCGUCUUUAAAAUCAACCAAAAACUGAUCUGAGCAGGCUUGAGAAUUUGGAAAAAGGUAAUGCUGGGUGCCUUGUAGAAAUAAUUCCAUUUCCAAUACUGCUGACAAUUCAUACUAAAUGAAUUAUCUCUGCAGUUGGAAUCUAUAGCUUCUUCCGCCUCCCACCCCCACCCCGUCCCUGUCCCUGGUGCACGCCACCUCCCAGUCCCAGUGCUGUGGGUGUGACUUCAGCUUCCCAUGCCCUAGGUCAACUGGCAGUAACCUUGGAAAAUCUGGCCAGGCUCAGAGGUUUCCUUCUCCAUUUGUAGAGUUCCGGUGUGCCACGACUGCCACGCUGCACCAGAUCUCCACUUGUCACGCCCGUGGCUCGUCCACACACCACUCUUGCUCUUGGCUUCCCAAGGGGGAAGCAUGAAGCAGGCUGGCUCCCUUUCCUCCAGCCACACGUUCCUCUUCUGCUUUCCACUGAAGGCUCCAUCUCUGACAUGGGCAGUGUCAGCUUCCUUUCCUUUUUCCCUCUUUCCAGCUGCCAAAUCCAAUUCGUUCUCUAACCUAGAUGAAGAUCAUUUAUUUAAAAGUACCAAACAUAACCUAGAAUAUAUGAAAUAUGGGCAACACAUAUAUAGCCUUCUGUAUUUAACGGUUUUCUGCUUUCUAACCAUACCGGUUUUCUAUUUAUAACCCUUGACUAUUCAUGAUGUUUUAAAGAAACCUCUCCUUGCUGUUAUUGACAAAGGACAGUGGCCAGAUGCCUUGAGAGAUGCCACAUUUCUGAGUUCUUUCGUGUGAAUGUCAUGCUCUCCUCCUAUAGCCUGUGUCCCAGUGAACAUAUCCAUUAACCAGCUAGUUACCUUUGAACUGCAAUAUAGAAUGUGAAAAUGAAGAUUUAUUUCGUUUAAUUUACUUAAAAAAGAAACCUCUGUGCUAGCAAUAAAGCAUUUAUAUUGUGUACUCCUCGG